CCCAAUUUUAAAUGGGUGGUUACUGCCAUGGUUCUUGUUCAAUUUGCCUCGAUGUUUGUUGUCAAGGAUUUAAGCUAUCCAAUGUUAUUCAUCAUGGCUUAUUCUUUUGGAGGAGUUAUCAAUCAUUCCCUCAUGCUAGCUGUUCAUGAAAUUGCUCAUAAUCUCGCUUUUGGUCACUCCAGACCGAUGGCCAAUAGAUGGUUUGGAUUUUUUGCUAAUCUACCCAUUGGUCUGCCAAUAUCUGUAAGCUUCAAGAAAUAUCACUUGGAGCACCAUCGAUAUCAGGGAGACGAAUAUCUUGACACUGACUUGCCAACACUGCUCGAGGCAAAAUUAUUCUGCACGACAUUUGGAAAGUUUUGCUGGGUCAUUUUACAGCCAUUUUUCUACUCAUUCAGGCCACUCGUAACUUAUCCAAAGCCGCCAGUUCGUUUAGAAUAUAUUAAUUUGAUAAUUCAACUCGCGUUUGACGCUCUCGUGUGGUACUUUUUUGGGGGAAAAGUAUUACUCUACUUUAUAUUAGGUGGAGUCAUGGCGAUGGGACUUCAUCCAGUCGCUGGCCAUUUUAUUUCUGAACACUACAUGUACAAGAAGGGAUAUGAAACGUACAGCUAUUAUGGGCCAUUAAAUUAUAUUACGUUCAAUGUCGGUUAUCACAAUGAGCAUCAUGAUUUUCCAGCUGUGCCAGGUUCUAGAUUACCAGAGGUCAGACGAAUCGCCUCCGAAUACUAUGAUAACUUGCCGCAUCACGACUCCUGGACAGCAGUAAUUUACGACUUCAUUAUGGACCCAGCAAUAGGACCCUACGCUCGUAUGAAACGCAAACACAGGGGUUUGACAUCGUAAGCUCAACUAAAAUCCAUUUUAUACCUCAUUAUCUAUUUUUUUGUCGAAUUUUACUGCGCAAAAUUUGAUAAACACGACAAACUUCCGCGAUUAACUAAUCAUACGUCAUACGCACCCCUUUGCCCAGUCAUAAGUAUUGAGUUUCCAAGGUUAAUCGAUAUCAGUGAGUAUUAUGCCAAUGUUAACUUGUCUUCUAAUUGCCACGCAGUGAUGUGUCAAUUGUAAUAAUUUUUGCCAAUUUUUUUGCUUACACCUGUCUAUUUACUCUGCUAAUUGUCAAAUAAUACAAACACUUCUCAGGAAUACUCGUAAUGUAAACAAAAUAUGGUGACAAAAAUCACUUUUUUUGUGAUAGCAAAGCGAUAUAUUUGCACAUUUACUCUAAUUAAUUUCACAGCAUAAAUUUAUUUUUGUAAAUAUUCAAUGAUGUUUUCUCAGUGGAGUCCGAAUGUUUGAAUCGAAAAAUGUACAUUUUUAUUCAUGAUAUAAUAAAAGCAUGAUCAUUGACUAUA